AUUUUGCCACAGUAUGUGUAAUUUAAGUUCCAUUUUCUAAUCCUGUUAUUCUUAGAUAACCUUUUGUCUUUAUAUUUUGGCACAAAUCAAAAGAUUUUGUAGGUUCAUAUAAUUAUAUAUAUCUUAAUUUAUGUAAUAACUUAUACACAAAAUAAUAUAUCACUGCUUAAAUAACGUACAAAACAUGCUUCAUUAUACAUUGAAUUGGGAAACAAUUAUUUUUUUAAUACUUUUAAAAAACAAUAACAAUCGUCAUCAUUUUAAAUCAUAAAAUAGAGUUCAGGGUCGUUCAGUCUUUCAGUCCACAAGAAAUGCCGAGUCCUACAGCGGAGCCAUUGUUUUUAGGUUUUCAUAGAAAAAGACAGACUCAAAAUACAUUUUAUUUCAAGUUUCCGUUUUAACGAAAGAGCAAAUGUCUAUAAAUAAAAUUGUGUCUCGGAAGUGUAAUGGAAUUCUGGCGUUCGCAUGGCGGCCUGCUGACGUAGUCACGUGGCCUCGUCAAGCCAAUCAGAGCGCGGGUUCUGUCUGUGCGGAAGUGCGUGAAGCCGGUGUCUUGCGGGUGUCAAUCGCAAUCAUGCUGCUGUGGAUUCUGUCCGGCUCUCUGCUUCUGUUCGGCAGUUUUGACGUCUGGUACUUCUUGAGAGCGACGUGGAUGGUGAUCAGGUCCUGGUUCCAGGGUCCGGUUCGAGAUGUUCUGGCGGAGCAGGUGGUUCACGGAAGGGUCCUCCUCCACGACCUGGACUUUAUGUGUCACAUGAACAACGCCCGCUACCUGCGCGAGUGCGACUUCGCGCGCUACGCGUACUGCACGCGGAACGGGCUCUUCCUGGCGGCGCGCGCGCUCGACGCCUCCAUGCUGAUCGGAGCCACCACCAUCCGUUACCGGCGCUCGCUGGCGUUCGGCGAGGCCUUCGAGCUGCGCACGCGGAUCGUGGCGUGGGACGAGAAGUCCUUCUACCUCGAGCAGAGGUUCGUGUCCAAGACAGACGGCUUCGUUUCUGCGGUCAUGCUGUGCAGGCAGAACGUCAUUCGCGGAAACCCACAGAGGAUCCUGGAUCACCUUUGCAAGAGGAAGGUGGACUGCCCUGAGAUUUCAGAGGAUCUUCAGCACUGGAUCAGGUUCAUCUCUGCCAGCAGUCAGGCUUUGAGAGCAGAGAGCGGACUGGAGGACAAGACCAAAUGAUGGUUUCAGAGACUCUUACCGUAAGCCUUCCUUCUGCAUGUAAGUUUCCCGUGAUGCUAACCUUACAACCAUAACUCCCUAAGUGUCCGUUUUAAAGUUACAAAAUAGGUUUUCUGGUCCAGAACCUGCGGCUGUCGGCAGCUUCGGCGUUUCCUCCACCACACCAGCCCGUCCGUAUAGUUUUAUUUGUUUAAAAAAAAAGUAUUACAGCGUCAUUAUUGUGCUAACAAAAUCCAUUCCAGAAGCUGCAAGAAAUAUGACUGACAAACCACGGCGCAUGAAUCUCUGUUGAGAAACGGAGCGCAUGAACGAAUGUUGAAAACUUGACUCCACUGACUUGAACGCUGGGGGCUUUUGAACGCCCCUGUGACCAAAUACGCACACGAACGUAAGAAAAAUCACGUCGAAAGGAUUUGCACUGAGUAUUUUAAUAGUACAAACGGAAGAUGAGAAUGGGAACGAGAGCGUUGUUUUAUCAUAUCACCUCAUUGAUUUGUUGUGCUGGUCAGAUAUGUUAAUGUAUUUAUUCCUAUUUCAGACUGAAACGGUUUAUUAUUGUUGUUAUUUAUAAAAAAGGGAACACUGUAUUUAUUUAUAAUUCUUUUUUUUUUCUGAGAUUUGCAUAAUUUGUUUGAGAAGAGUCUGUAUGUAAAGUAAUUUAAGCACCUGUAAUGAAACUUGAAGACUUGCGUUAUGAAAUAAAAUCCUGCAGUAUAAAUAA